AUGGACUGGAUGUUCUAUUAUUUCCCCAACUACUCUAGGGACAAGGUCGCUCUAAUGUCCAGACAAAUUAAGAUCCAUUUCGUGAUCGGCUUCGCAUUGGUGUUCCUCGUGUAUCAUCCGCCUUAUAAAGGAGCCGACUACGAGAACUUCCACAAGAGCCCAUUGUAUCAAGCGCUCCUCGAAUCCCUCGAUACUAUUCGCACAGAGCCAGACGAUGUUGCUAAGAAAUUCGGCAUCGAUAUUCCGUCAACUCCUGCCCUCCGCUCUGGACCAGCUGCUAUGGCUUUGGUUCAACAUGGUAGCAAGAAGAUCAAUCUCCUUGACAAGUUCUCUGCAGAAGACCGGGCUCAAGAGGCUGAGAUUAAGAAGAGUACAGAAACACUGGCUGAUGUCGAGAAGCACCUUGAUAACAACCUGGCUAUCAUCGAUAAAGACCUCCAUUAA